AUGCAGUCCCGAUUGAUGCCGUCCACCAACUCUGGCCGGCGCUGGGCUAUGCGCAGCCCGGUCCCCAGAUCCAUGCGUCGAACAUUCGCUACCUCCCGCGUCAUCUUGAGCCAGGCCUUCCAUUCCCAGCUGGAUGACCCUGCUGCCGCCGCCCUUUUCUCGUCGCUGCGGACCUCUAAGGCCACACCCCAAACCCUCACCGAAAAGAUUGUACAGCAAUACUCCGUCGGCCUAGCCAAGGACAAAUUUGUGAAGUCCGGCGACUAUGUCACCAUCUCUCCCCAUCGCUGUAUGACCCACGACAACUCGUGGCCCGUAGCACUGAAGUUCAUGUCCAUUGGCGCUUCCAAACUGCACGACCCGAGCCAGAUCGUCAUGACCCUCGAUCACGACGUACAGAACAAGUCCGAGAAGAACCUGCAGAAGUACCAGCAAAUUGAGAGCUUUGCUAAGCUGCACGGUGUCGAGUUCUACCCGGCCGGCCGAGGAAUUGGUCAUCAGAUUAUGGUCGAAGAGGGAUUCGCCUGGCCCGGUACAUUGGUCGUGGCCUCGGAUAGCCACAGUAACAUGUACGGCGGUGUCGGUUGUCUAGGUACCCCCAUUGUGCGUACCGAUGGCGCCAGUAUCUGGGCGACUGGUAAGACUUGGUGGCAGAUUCCCCCGGUGGCUAGGGUCAACCUAUCCGGAGUUUUGCCCCCUGGUGUUACUGGUAAGGAUGUGAUUGUUGCUCUUUGCGGACUCUUUGGCAAGGAUGACGUUUUGAACCACGCUAUUGAGUUUACCGGUUCUGAGGAGGCCAUGUGGAGUCUCUCUGUAGACGACCGUCUGACCAUUGCCAACAUGACCACUGAAUGGGGUGCUUUGUCCGGAUUGUUCCCUCUUGAUGGCGUUCUUAAAGGCUGGUUAAAGGCGAAGGCUACUACUGCCGCUAUGGGCUUGGCUGACGGUCCCUAUAAGACCAAGGCCGCUGAGCGAUUCACUCACCCCAUCUUGGACGAGCUCUUCGCCAACCCUCUCAUUGCGGACAAGGGUGCUAAGUACGCCAAGGAGCUCUACUUGAACCUAUCUUCCCUUACCCCUUAUGUGUCCGGUCCCAACUCGGUCAAGGUCGCGACUCCUCUUAGCGAGUUGGAGGCUGCCAACAUCCCCGUCAACAAGGCCUACCUCGUCUCUUGCACCAACUCGCGUGCAUCAGAUAUUGCUGCCGCGGCCCGUGUGUUCAAGGAAGCCGCCGAGAAGAACGAUGGCAAAAUUCCUAAGAUUGCAGACGGUGUUCAGUUCUACAUUGCUGCUGCUUCUAUUCCCGAGCAGAUCGCCGCCGAGGAGGCCGGUGACUGGCAGGUUCUUCUCGAUGCCGGAGCUACUACUCUCCCGGCUGGCUGUGGUCCCUGCAUUGGUCUCGGUACCGGUCUGCUCGAGCCUGGCGAGGUUGGUAUCAGUGCUUCCAACCGUAACUUCAAGGGCCGCAUGGGUAGCACCGACGCCAAGGCCUACCUGGGCAGCCCCGAAGUCGUUGCUGCCAGUGCCCUGAGCGGAAAGCUCUCCGGCCCCGGCUGGUACAAGUCCCCUGAGGGCUGGACCGGCGUUGUUCGUGGGGAGGGUGACGGCAUCAAGGAAGAAGACCGCAUGCUCACCAUGGACGAGCAGCUGGAGAAGAUCAUCGGUCAGCUCGAUGACAUCGUGGCUGACGGCGAGAAGAAGUUCGCCCCUGAGCCUACUGCUGACGCUGCGGUGGAAGAGGCUCCUUCCGAGGGUGCCUUGACUGAUGUGUACCCUGGGUUCCCCGAGCGUGUCUCCGGCGAGAUUGUUUUCUGUGACGGAGAUAACAUCAACACCGACGGUAUCUACCCCGGCAAGUACACCUACCAAGAUAACGUCCCCGUGGAGACCAUGGCCCAGGUCUGUAUGUCCAACUACGACACCGAGUUCUCAACUCUCGCCAAGCCCGGCGACAUCCUGGUCACUGGCUACAACUUCGGCUGCGGUAGCUCUCGUGAGCAAGCCGCCACUGCUAUUCUGGCCAAGCAGAUCCCUCUCGUCGUGGCCGGUAGCUUCGGCAACAUCUUCUCGCGUAACUCUAUCAACAACGCCCUGAUGGGUCUCGAGAUUCCCCGCCUGAUCAGCCGACUCCGCGAGACCUUCGGCGAUGACAAGGCGCUUACCCGCCGUACCGGCUGGACCCUGACCUGGAAUGUGCGUCGCAGCCAGAUUGAGGUGCAGGAGGGCGAGGGCGGUGCCAAAUGGACUCACAAGGUCGGCGAGCUGCCCCCAAACGUGCAGGAGAUCAUCGCCAAAGGUGGCCUGGAGAAGUGGGUCAAGAACGCCAUCGAGGCUUAA